GUGCGGCGUGAACAGGGGAAUCGCAGAUGCUUCGGCGAACAGGUAGCAAUACCCCCUGAGCGAAGCAGAAUCCGCGGUAUUUUAUCAUGAAGACUAAAAGGACGUAUUUGCGAAAAGCCCGCGAAGACCUGUUAGGAUUCCGUUUGCCUAUGCAGACCGUUCGGUUUAAUUCGUGAGGCACAUGGGUGACGACGACCCUUCAUGGGUGACCGCAGGAAACGACGCGAGUACUACUAGUAGUAGCCAGUAUCAUCCCGGUACAGGAUCCUGCCAUUGGGAGAGGAUCCACUUUCGAGUCGACUCAAACAAAAGCCAGUGCCACAUGAUCCUCCGUACGAUUCAACUAUGACGCCAUUCCCUCAGAACCACAACAGCGCUGGUCUAUCUUAUCCCCAUGGCGCAGGAGCUUCUCGAAACGUGACUCGAUCCCCUAUGGGCCACGAUGACGCGGACCUGUCUUAUGCUCAUCGCCCAGAAGCAACUUCUAGGGUUUUCGCCGGAAGACAUGGCACUGGGAGAGGAAGUCAAGGAGAAUGUCACGCUUUCGGUGACGAAGAUGGGGAUAAGCGUUUUGAGACUGCUGACAUGGACUCUGUGGCUCAGAGGGGAUCGAGUCAUUGCGUGGACGAACGAGCAGCCGCCACGUGGAUUUAUCCGUCCAAUCGCGAGCUUCGCCAGUACCAGUACGAAAUCGCGGAGGCAGCUCUCUUCGCCAACACCCUCGUGUGCCUUCCCACGGGCGUGGGGAAAACGCUCAUUGCCGCCGUUGCCAUGGUCAACUACUACCGCUGGUUCCCCCAUGGCAAGAUCGUGUUCAUGGCUCCUACACGCCCUCUCGUGCUGCAGCAGAUCCGAGCAUGCCACAACGUCGUGGCCAUCCCACAGGAGCACACGAUGCACAUGACAGGCCAGAUGGCUCGGGAGCAGCGCGCGCAGCACUGGAGGGAGAGGCGCGUGUUCUUUGUGACGGGGCAGGUGCUGCUGCAGGAUAUGGUGCAGUGGGGCGCCUGUCCGCGGGAGUCCAUCGUGUGCCUGGUGGUGGACGAAGCCCAUCGGGCCACGGGCAACUAUGCCUAUGCACGGGUGGUGGAGGAGCUCAAUAAAGCGGGUGUCGCCUUUCGUGUUCUUGCUCUGACCGCCACGCCUGGAUCCAAGCUGCCCAAGGUGCAGGAGGUGGUGGACAAGCUCGGGAUAUCACGCAUAGAGUACCGGGGGGACGACGACCCUGAUGUCGCCAAGUACAUGCACAACCGAGAGGAACACGUGCUCAAGGUGCGGAUGCACACAGCGGUGGCGGAAGUGGAGAAGCUGCUGCUAGCAGAGCAGAGGAAGUGUCUUGAAGCCCUCAACCGCCUGGGCGCGGUGUCCUCGGCCCUCGUGUCUUCGAACAAGAUGGUGUCCUCCCACCAGCUGCGCAUGAUCCAGGAGCAGCGGGAGAGGGCCCGGCAGCAGGAAGCGGCAGCACGGGGGUUCGGGGGAGAGCCCAUGGGCGGCAGGGAGAUGGCGGGGCAGAUGUGGUGGGCGAGGGCGGAGGCGGUGGGGGCUGUGCUGGAGAGACUCAUGUCGCAUGGCAUGCGCUCGGCGCUCCAUGGCCCUGGCAGCCACGCUGCGGGAGCAGGGCAUGCAGAGGGCGCUGACCAUCAUGCGGCGCACUGUGGGAGUGGGGGGGGGAAGGCGGCCAAGGGGAAGCAGGGCGGUGCUUCGUCCUCCGCUUCUGCUCCCAUGUCCGCCUCUGCUGCUGCCGUCUCGCCCAAGCUGGUGGAGCUGGAGAAGCUGCUGCUGCAACACUUUGGUAGUGCUCAGCAGUGCAGCGCAGCUGACACCAGAGCAAUCAUUUUCUCCACCUUCAGAGACAGUGUGCAGGAGAUCGUGGAGUGUCUAUCCCAGCACGAGCCGAUGCUGAGAGUGAAGCAGUUCAUUGGGCAGAGCGCAGGGGUGGACGCGCCCCAGAGGAAACGGCCCAAGGCGUCCCAAGGGGUGAUUGCCAGGGGGCUCCCAAGAAUUGAAGAAGGGCGAGGAGGAGGGGUAGGGGGAGGGAGAAGGGGAGGAAGUGGCGGAGGAAGAGGGGGAGGAAGAGGAGGAGGAGGAGGGGGGGGACGAGAGGAGGAACACGAGGGGGAGGAAGAUGAAGGGGAGGAGGGUGAUUUGGGAGUGAGGAAGCGGUUGAUGGGUCAGUCACAGAAGCAGCAGCAGGCAGUGCUGGAUGGCUUCAAGGCAGGGACGUACAACGUGCUCGUAUCCACAACCAUUGGGGAGGAGGGGCUGGACAUAUCGCAGGUCGACCUGGUGGUGUGCUUCGACGCCGUCUCUGUGCUGCGCAUGACUCAGCGAAUGGGGCGCACUGGUCGCAGCCGAGAUGGCAAAGUGGAUAUCCUCCUCACCGCUCUUCCCCGCUCCACCACUCCUCACCUUGCCUCACUACUCUUCAACCCUGCCGCACCACUCCUCACCAGCACCACACCCAUGCCUCACGACCGUCUUACCAGUAACCUUUGUUAUAUGCUCGUUCCGCUUGCUCUGUGCCUCGCACCGCUCUCGUCCACAACGCUUUAUUAUUCGCACCCCGACCCCCAUCGCAAGCGCCUGUCUGCCACCGAGGGGUGGGAGAUCGAGAGGUUCAACGCCAAGCGCAAGGCCAAUCGGGCUCUUUCCAGGAACCUUCGCAACGCGCACACGUCAGGGGUGCUGCGCUUUCAUGAGAGCCUGCGGAUGCUACCGCAUCGCAUCCCCAAGCCCACUGUCACCAUCGUCAACAUCCAACCGCCUGCCUUCAGCCCGCCUCACUCCAAACGGCGCCGCCCCGCCUCCUCCCCGUCCUCCCUCGCACCCUCUGCCAAGAAAGGCCGCGGAAAAAGGGCAAGUGUGGGCGGUUCAGCAGCAGCAUCCCCCCUUCCGGUGACCCAACUGCUGACUCCUGAAACAAACGCUCUGUUGAGAUACCCCUCCCUGCUGAAGUUCCUCCCGCCGGCUACCAGCCAGCUAGCUGGCAGGUCUGCCAGACUGCCUGGUGAUGCUGCCGGAGAGGGGUAUGGGGGAGGGGAGGGUGGGGUUGCAGGGGUGAGGGGUGUGAGAGGAGAGGGGGGGUGUGGAUGGGAGGUGGCAAGGUGGAAGCCUAGUCUUACAGGUUUCUUGUCGGCGCAGACGCAGGGAACGAGGACGUGCCAGGUGGCGCAUUCGGAUAGGUCGGAACGGAUGCUGGUGGGCGCACUGAGGAUACUGCAAGGGGCAGUUGGGGAUGUAGCGGCGACAGGAAGGGACGUAAGAAGUGGACUGGAGCAGAGAUUGGGUGUGGGCUUGAGUGUGGGCUUGAGUGUGGGCCUGAGUGUGGGCCGUGGGAGGAUAUCAGAUGUGGAGCAGAGAUUCGCUACUGGACCGACGUUGCAUGUGGGAGGGCGAUCGGGUGUGGGAGGGCGAUCUGAUGUUGGGGAGGAGGAUGCUCCUGAGAACGAAGGUGGUGGGCUGAGCGACAGGAACAGGGGCAGGGGAGUGCGUGAGGGAAAGCUGGGGAGCAAGGAAGGGUCGGAGGGUCAUGAGGUGGGAGGCCAUGAGAUGGUGGGUCAUGAGGUGGUGGGUGUUGAGAUGGUGGGUGAUGAGAGAGAGGAGGAUGGGUUUGUGGGGCUGAAUGUUUACGAAGAGCCAACCAUAUGGCGGUAUGUUGGUGGGGAGGAGGGAGGUGGCGCCAUGGGAGAAGGCCAGAUAGCACGGGGUGAGCUGGAGGGUCAUAAGGCCGAGGAGAGGGGAGCAGAUGGAUGUGAUGGGGAUGGGUAUGAGAGGGAGGAGGAUGGGUUUGUGGGGCUGGAUGAGUACGAGGAGCCAACGAUAUGGCGGUAUGUUGGGGGAGAGGAGGGAGGUGGAGUGUUGGGAACAGAUGGCGUGGCUGGGAACAGCUGGGACGAGAGUGAGGAUCGGGGUGUUGUGGACCAGGGCGGGAUGGCCAGGAAGGUCCAUAGUGUGGGUGUGGGGAUGAGUAUGGCUGCACAGACGGAUGGAGGCAGGGAAGCUGACGCAAGUGGGGGCAUGCGAUGGAUGGAUACAAGGGAAAGGGGAGAGGAAGGAGGUGUCAGGGGGCCUGAACCUGGACCUUCCAGGCGAAAGAGCUGGUGCGCAGGAGGUGAUGCAGUUGUGGGUAAGGCGGCUCAAAGACAGAUGGGGAAGGGAGGAGGUGUCAGGGGGGAUGAAUUCGGAAUGCUCAGGCGAAAGAGUUGGUGCGCAGGAGGAGGAGGAGGAGGUGAUGCAUUGGAUCCAAUUUCUCUGUCGGAUGAGAGUGACGGGGUCGUGAACGGGAUGGUUGCGAGUCCGAGGGGCAGCGGUGUGAGAGAAGACUCAGUGCCACCUGCGCGUGCGGCAGCACCGGCUGCAGUACCAACGGCUACAGUGGCAGCAGCAACGGCAAGUGCAGCGGCAGCAGCAACGGCAAGAGCAGCGGCAGCAGCAAUGGCCACAGCAGCGGCAACACCAACGGCAACAGCAGCAGCAGCAGCAGCACCAACGGCAGCAGCAGCAGCAGCAACGGCAAGAGCAGCGGCAGCGGCAGCAGCAGACGAUGCGGAUGCACAGCAACAUCAGCUGCUGCCACGCGCUGGUGAUGCUGCAGUGUGUGGCAGAAUGCCGCAUACAGAAGGAGAGGGCCGGGGCGAUGCGUUGAGGAGAAGGGGAAGUCUUGAGCCAAACCAGAACAGUCAUGGUUCCUCUGCUGCAAGGAGAGUAGCGAGCAGUACCACCAGGCCUACUUGGGCUGUGAGGCCCUGCCGUCAGCAGUCAGAGCGACAGCAGCAGCAGCAGCUGUCAGGGCGACAGCAGCAGCAGCUGUCAGAGCGACAGCAUCAGCAGCAGCAGCAGCAGUCAAAGCGGCCAUCACAGCCAUCACCACAGCUGCAAGCAGCACCUGCCGAUGGUGAUGGUGAUGGUGAUGGGGAGAGGGUGCUGGGAAAGACAGAGAGGAGGGGAGAUGUGGCGGGUAGGAGGAGGAGGCAGCGGAGAAGGCAGAUGGUGGUGAUGACACAGGAUGGGGGGGACGAUGAGGGUGGUGGUGGUGGUGAUGGUGAUGGUGAUGGUGGUGGUGGUGGCGACAAGGGUGUGAUAGUAACGAAGGGUGCACAGGAGGAGGUGCCCAGGUCCCCUGAUCCUCCAAGAACGAGAACCCUUAAGAGGCUCAGGAGAGGGCAGCAGGUGGGCGGCAGUGAUCGUGGUUGCAGAGAGAGAGAAGCUGGCAACAGCAGUGGCGAAGGGAGGUGCCUGGAAAGGGGGUAUGGCAGUGACAACGAGCUGAGAGACGGGAGAGGUGGAGGAGAGAGCAGAGGGGGAAAGGGGGGUGGGAGGGGGAGAGGCAAGGGGAUGGCUCGAAGGGUGCUGGACUUCAUUGACGAGGAGGCCGAGGAGUCUGAUCGAGAUGCCACACAGGAAGGCCUGGAGGAUGCUGACGUGGCAUGGACGGAUGAUGACAUGGCGGAUUUCAUAGUCAGCAGGGUGGAAGGGGAGGGGAGUGGGGACAUGGGAGAUGGAGAAGAGGAGGUGGAGGAGGAAGAAGAAGGGGAGGGGGAAGAGGGGGAGGAGGAAGGGGAUGAGAUUGAGGAAGUGGAGGAUGAUGAGGAGGGGGAGGAGGGGGAGGAGGGAGGUGGGGAGGGUAGAGUGGGGAGGCGGGGAGCAUCAGGCAGGGCGGGCAUGGUCACAGAGAGCAGCAUGCAGCACAUUUACCGCGCCUCUCUGUUGAGCCAGCUUCCAGUGGACCACCGCACCCCACCACGGCGUCAAAGGCACAAGAAUUCAAGGCCGGCGAACCAGCUACUCUCGUCCGCAUCCCCAGUCUCUCCGACCUCCCCCCCAAGCGCCCCCAGCACCUCUUCCCCCCACUCCCCCAACAUGUCGUCCCACCCCACUCCUAGUCCCUCGUCCCCUCGUCGCUCCCUCCUGCCACAGUUCGCUUCCUCUCCGCUUGGUCUCGCCGCCCGCAAUGCCAACAAGAUGCGAUUCCUGCCGCCCAGACGAGAUUCUGCGCCGCCCAUCUCACGCUCUGUGCCAUUUGCAGCGCAUUCGAUGCCAACCAGAGUGCAUCCUGUGCCACCCAGCUCACGUUCUGUGCCUAUAACGCAUGCUACGCAGGCUGGUACUCAUUAUUCUCUGCCGCCCAGUCCGCACUCUGUGCCGCCCAGGAGGCACGGAAUGGGUGCUAGGGAGGGGAUGAUGGCCGGCAGUGGGUGGGCAGAGGGCAGGAGCGGCCAUGGCAUGGAGCAUUCCCAUCCCCAUGCAUGUGACAGUACCCAGGGUGAAUACAGAUGUGAUAAUAAGGAGGGCGAGCGUGCAUGUGACGUGGAUGGGGACGACCUGUUCGAGGGGAUAGACCUGGACGCGCUGGAAGCCCAGGCGUGGGAGAGCAGAGGGAAAAGGGGAGGGGGAGGAGGUGGAUGGAGCCGUGGAGCAGGUAUGGGGAGUGGCGGAGCAGAUGUGUGCGGGAGGGGAGGAGGCAGUGCGAGCAGUGGCAAUGGGAUAGGCGGACCUGUGCCUGAAUGCGGGCCUAUUCCUUCAACCACUGGCCCUCCAGCAGCCCCACCUUUUUCUGUCCCCUCAGGCGUCCCCUCAGGUGUUCCCUCAGGUGUCCCCUCAGGUGUCCCCUCGCAAGGACACCAGGUGACUGGUGGUGGCUAUGGGGAUGUGGACGAGGUGUUUGGCGACAUCGAUCUGGACGCGCUGGAGGCAGAGGCGCUGAGGCAAAGCCAGUGCAGGAAGCAGGGAGUGGCUGGUGGUAGUGGAAUAAUGCCAGUAAUGGCUGGUGUGGCAGGCGUUGGAGCGGGAGAAGUGCGAGGCUCGUUGUCGCCCCAAUGGUGUGCAUGGUAACCGCUUCUUGGUGGCACGUGCGAAUGUGGACGAGGUGUUUGGCGACAUUGAUGUGGUUGCGCUGGAGGCAGAGGCCUUGCCUGAGGCAAAGCCAGUUAAGGAAGCAGGGAGUGGCUGGUGCUAGAAUUGAAGCGGGGAGGGCAAUAAUGUCAGUAAGCGCUGGUUCAACAGGUGUUGGAGAGGGCGAAGUGCGAGUCGUGUCGGAAAGUGUUAAGCAAGGCUCGUUGUCACCCCAAUGGUGUGCAGGGUAAUGACUGCGUAGAGGCUCUCAAGGGUGGCCUGCUUGAGUUAAGAUUUACGUACUUACGGUUUAUUCAUUCUUUAUGGCACCUGUAAUAUAGUUGAGCCGGAUCCAAUGGUGCUGUUUGACAAGACAAAAGGAAGUUGAAGAUGCC